CUGAACGUUCUCCGCCGCCCGUGAACGCCGUGAUGGUGAACCGAUCGCUUUUUUUAGCAGUAGCAGCAGUAUUUGUGCCAGCACUGAAACUGAUGUUCUGAUGUUCGCAUAACGUUUGCGCAGAGGCUCCAUUCUUCCGGAGCCCUGCCAUAUCGAGCAGGGCUUUCCGCAGGAGUUGGGGAAGAGAAGAUCUUCUGACUGCGACGGGGUGGUAAGCCCCGAAUUUGUGAAGGCCCGCCGAGAUGGAUAUGUCCAGUCCGGUGUUCAGCUUGAACCUCGGCACGCCACUGUCGGUGUCCGCGCAGGCCGACAACGUCGAGGAGCAGCAUCUUCAGCAGCUCGCGCGGCAGAUUCAACCGUCGCCGCUUCAACCGCAACAACAUGACUCGCCCAUGCACCAGUCGCCGUCGACGCAGCAGCGAAAUGCGAGCGUCAUACAGCCGUACGCGGCGAGCACGGGACUCACGCCGCAGUCCCUCAUGCAGCCUCAAACGCCGGCAGGACAUGUUCACUCUUCUGGUGCAACACCGACUGGUGCCGGUUCGACUCCGCACUCGGCAAGUGCAAGCAUGUUCCCAUCAACACCCGGCCCACCCAUGACACCCAUCACACCAGCGUCAGCAGACCCUGGAAUUGUCCCACAACUGCAGAACAUCGUCUCAACAGUAAACCUGGGCUGCAAGCUGGACUUGAAGAAGAUUGCCUUGCAUGCCCGUAAUGCCGAGUACAAUCCAAAGCGUUUUGCUGCCGUCAUCAUGCGCAUUCGGGAGCCCCGGACCACAGCCCUCAUCUUCAGUUCGGGGAAGAUGGUGUGCACUGGAGCCAAGAGUGAAGAGCAGUCAAGAUUGGCCGCAAGAAAGUAUGCCCGGAUAAUCCAGAAGUUGGGCUUUGACGCCAAGUUCCUUGACUUCAAAAUUCAGAACAUGGUCGGCAGCUGCGAUGUUCGUUUCCCUAUACGUCUCGAAGGCCUUGUCCUGACACACAGCCAAUUCUCAAGUUACGAGCCCGAGCUGUUUCCAGGACUCAUCUACCGCAUGGUGAAGCCUCGUAUUGUCUUGCUCAUCUUCGUAUCUGGAAAAGUCGUGCUCACAGGUGCCAAGGUGCGGUCUGAAAUCUACGAGGCCUUUGACAACAUCUAUCCCAUAUUGAAGGGUUUCCGCAAGCAGUGACCGGUGCAACGACUUCCGGAGGAGGAGUUGAUGUGCUUCAACAUCAUUGUGCAUUGUGUAAAUAAGUGUUCUCGAUUCAUGCGCUGCCAAGGUCACAAUGACAGCUUGGGAAAGAACUCGCCCUUGGAACAUUUGUGGCAUGUUCUGGGACGAAUCAAGUGUGCUACAAGAAAGCAAGAGACUUUUCUAAAUUGUGUUGUGUAACUUGGGGCAGACUUUUCCUACAGCAGAAGACACUUGCAUGGGUUCUGGUGAACUGUGUCUACAAUAUCUAUUCAAUUUCAUUUGUAAAUAGUUGUCAAUUAGAAAAAGAAUAUAUUAAUUGCACCUUUUGCA